AUGAUUCCAUCUCCCACCCCAAUUAACAUCCCCAAAUCUUACGAAACUCUCCAUUUGACCCAUGUCCAGGUCUCACAUCACCCCGCGGGCGCCCCGGAGGCAACACCUGUCGUGGUAGUGACGCUGAACCGCCCAGAAAAGCACAAUGCAUUCACCAACGAGAUGAUGGACGACUUCGAGAAGAUAUACCCCAUGUUCGACGUGGACGAACGCGUAAAAGUCAUCGUGUUGACUGGCGCAGGCAAGAUCUUCUGCGCGGGCGCCGACCUCGAGCGCGGAUUCGAGGGCAUGGAGAAAGAACGCACAGUGGAUCAUCGCGAUACUGGAGGGCGUCUGGCUCUUGCCAUGUACCGAUGCCGUAAACCCACCAUCGCAGCCAUGCAGGGCUCCGCGGUCGGAUUGGGCAUGACCAUGACUCUUCCUGCGGCUAUUCGUAUCGCGUGCGACAAGGGAAAGUAUGGAUUCGUCUUCCCCCGACGCGGUCUGACCAUGGAAUCAAGCUCGUCUUUCUUUCUCCCUCGUUUGAUCGGGUACUCGAAUGCUAUGUAUCUGGUGACUACUGGGGGUGUUUUCCCGCCGACAGCGUCGCAUUUCGGGUCGCUUUUCGCAGAGACAUAUCCGGAUCCGAAACAGGUGGUGUCGAGGGCGUUGGAAUUGGCGACUGAAAUCGCUGAGAAUGUCAGUCCCAUGGCGUCGUAUUUGAGUCGGUCGCUUAUGUGGCGGAAUCCCGGUUCCGCAGAGGAGACUCACUUGGUGGAUUCGGCGGUGCUGUAUCAUAUGUUCAGUGGGAGGGAUCAGAAAGAAGGAGUUCAGGCUUUCUUCGAAAAACGAAAGCCAGAUUUCAAAGCGAGUCUUGAUGAAGAUGCUCCCCCAAAUUUCCCCUGGUGGACAGAAGUUGAUACGGGAAGACGGCCGAAACAGUCGAAGAUCUAG